UUUUUGUCGACACCGUUUUCUGUCAUUUGGGGAGCCUCUAGCUCUCUCGUCGCUCUAGAUCCGGGUCCAAUGCAGCAUAAUAAUGCCCCGAGGCCGCAGUUCAAGGCCACGGCGAACGGAGGGGCGGAUGGAAAAAAGUUACCGCGGCAGCUGGCGGUCCUGACUCUCAGCACUGGGGCGCGCACCUACAGGGAGGGCGCUCGAGACGAGAGACCCACUGUCACCCUGCUGCCCAGGUCGUAGAUACUAGAGCGCCCAGAGCCUGCGGCGCCAGGGCAUCAUCAAAGUAGGACGCCUCGCCACUGCCUGACGUCCUUCUCCCACGCACUCGCCACCGCUCGGCCGUCCAUGCCCCGUGCUCGCUCCUACCGAGCAAAAGGCCGCCGGCUCGGCCCGCGCGUCGCUGCCGCGUCCGGGGAUGGACCCGGGGGGCCGCUCGAGCCUCCGACGACGGCGGCGCCUCUCGGAAGGGCCGCGCCAGAAAAACGGCGGCGGGAGCGUGCAGGGGGGAGGGGGGGGGGAGCGCGGCCUGCAGGAGCGAACACCGCGGGCGGGCACUCGGGGGCACCGCUCGGGAAGAAGGCUCGCACCGGGAGGCCAGCAUCCGCGCGCAGGUCGCACGGGCUCAGAAAGAGGCGGGGAGGGGUGCACGGCUUCCCCCGUGGCCGCGGAGGAGGAGGAGGAGGAGGCGGACGCGAUGGACGAGGAGGAGAAGGAGGAGGAGGAGGAGGACGGGUCGCCUAAGCCAUUCGGAGAAACCCUCCAGGGAGGGGACUGGAACGUGAGGACAUCAAAACAGACGCGCUUUGCCGAUUGGAGCCCGAGGCUGGAGGCGCCCACCUCAGUCGGAGCAUGACGCUCGAAGCGAGACGUUGAGUUGAUGAGGAACGAGCGCCACUAGCUAAUUGAGAGGGGGGCCAUCAUGUGAUUAACUCCCAUACCAGGCUGGCAGGAGGGCUCCGAGAGGAGGCAAAGGAGCAAAACUCCAGCAGUCGACGGGGAUGUCCCGGACUGGGCUGGCGGGAAUGCCCCCAGGGGGAGGCAACAGGGGUAAAACUCGUGCAGUGAGGCAGCGGCGCGAGAAGAAGAUCAGGAAGGCAGGAUAAGGAACUGGAGGGCGGGGGGGGGACAGGUGAUCGAGGGAGGGGAGGUGGAGGGGGCUGAGGCGAAAGAAUACGAGGCAAGGGGUUAAAGCACAAACCAGUCCCUACGUCUCUGGGCAGGUUCAAAGAAGGCCCCGAUUUGGGCUGCAAAGCCUCUCCUCGGAGACGCGACCGCAGAAGGAGACGAGUACAGGCAAGGUCAGAAUCUCAAGGGAACGCAGACGCUCCGCGACGCGGCCAAGUACCGCGAGAUGGGCCAUCAUCUGGGCCGUGCGCAAUUGCCGCAAAGGGGGCGGGCAAAUGUCGCAGUGGCACCCUGAAGCCGGCGCGCCUGCGCGCGGAUGCCCCGCAGGGCGUCCUGGCGGCACGUGGACCUCCAGCCGCUCAGAGCGUGGGCACCACUGGCCGAGCUGCCCCGCGCAGCACCGCCGCGGCGGCAGGCAACUUCCUGCGAGCCGGACACCGACACGCAGACCCGGGCGCGCGGGCACCACGC